CGAAGGCGUAUUCACAGCUUCUAAGCGGCGGUGGAAAUCGGAACCUACGUGGCCUUUUUGGUGACGAGUGAAACAUUGGCAAUUACACGUGCGUGAAAGCUGCUGUUAAAACACACGAUGAAGGCACCCUUACUUCGAGGGUGCGUCCUUUUCUUUGGCAUAAACCUGGUCGUGAGUCACAUGGCGUACGAUCAAAGGUGCCUUGUAAGCCAAACAGUAAUGAAGUAUCCAGGAUGCCCUACGCAAACUUGGCAGUACAACGCAAGGAUUAGGAAGUGUGUGGCGAGUUGCGUACCAAGUGGCCCUUUCAGAUCGAAGGAUGAAUGCGACGGAAUUUGCCGCAGUAGUGACGUGUGCAAAGCUCCGCGACCUCUGACGUCCUGUGAGAAUGGCGCCGAACACCUUGUUUUCUACUACAACCCUACGAAGAAAACCUGUGUCAAAAGCCGGCAAUGCACAUAUGCGGGCAACAAUUUCCCCACCAUGAUUGAGUGCCAGCAAACGUGCGCCAAACAUCGCUUCUGGCUGUCAAUACCGGGCAGGUGCCGCGUGUACCCGAGCCAUGGGAAUUACUGCUUAUGGGGAUGGCGCAGUGGAUCAGCCCGAUACUACUACGACCCUUACGCCGGCCGGUGCCUUGGUUUUUGGUACUACGGCUGUGGGGGAACGCGCAAUAACUUCGCCACCUUGGACGAGUGCCAGCGACGUUGUGCAGGCCGUGAAGGUGUAAUCCCGGUGUAUCCUGUCGGCACUGACGCAGGGAUUGUAUUUUCCGAUUGAAGAGGCGGCAGCUCCAACCUCACUUAUCAGAAUAACCUACUUCCAUUAAAGCCGAAGCUUGAGAAUGACGAGCGCAGCUCAAGAAAACAAAAGGCACCAAUAAACCAACGAAGACGCAAGCAGUAAAACAGCAUUUCUCGCCAGCAUAAAAAUUCAAGGUUCUUUUAAUUUGUUCCCAAAUCCCAAAAGCAGAGCUUUGCAACCAUGCACCCAAGGAGACAACCUCAUUUUUUUAGGUAUUGAACACCGACCCACCCUGACAACAACCGCUUUCACCAGUGCAAUAUUUACGCCAAUAAAACCGAAUGAUUCCUAAGUGUGAC